AUGAUCACCGCAGACAAUGGCGAGCCUCUCCACGUGCUCGAUCUGCCCCAGCUUUAUAUGAAACCAUCUAGCCAAGACCUACUCAAAGUGUUAGAAAUACUCACAGUCCAGCCGAAAACAUUCGGAAGCGUUGCUCGCGAUGUAGUCAAACCGAGCUUUCAAUCAGCCGAGGUUUCGAGAUACCUCACUUCUAUCAUAUCGAGCUCUCUAGCUUGGUUUGAUUCCGAUGAAUUGAGGGAGGUAGUGUGGGAUGCGGCGGCAGCGAGAUUGAGUGAACGUGCGGGUCGCACUGCCAUGCCGGCGCUCUCUCGCGUAUUCAACAUUCCUACGUCCUCGGGCGAAGAGUUCGCGCUUACCUUGCACGAACCGUCGCUGACGGCAGAUAAUCUGGGAAUGAAGACAUGGGUGUCUUCGUACCUGUUAUCCCGUCGGCUGCAUUCUCUCUUCGAUUCUGUCCCGGAGCUGGUUCUCUCUGAUCACACCAGCAACAAUACAGUUAUGGAAAAACCUUCAAUAAGAGCAUUGGAGCUGGGUUCUGGGACAGGACUCGUCGGCCUCUCCUUCGCGAUACUCGGUGGCGCCGCAGCUUCGAUAUAUCUAACUGAUCUGCCCGCCAUUGUUCCCAACCUGGCCCAUAAUGUGACAUUGAAUUCCGAUAUAUUGCUAAAGUCUAAUGCAGAGGUCAACACUGGCGUGCUCGACUGGUCUGUGGUUCCUCAGCCGGCUCCAACCAAGGAAGAGCGGUACACAGUUAUCCUGGCUGCGGAUCCGCUCUACUCGCCCGACCAUCCCAAGUGGCUCGUCCAGACUGUCGAAACGUGGUUGAGCCGGGGAUUGGAUGCACGUGUUGUUGUUGAGUUGCCUCUCCGGGACGCUUAUCUUCCACAAGUUCGGGAAUUUCGCCAGAGGAUGGAAGAUAUUGGCUUGGCCAUUGUUGAAGAGGGCAAGGAAAGCGGGUAUGAUGAUUGGGAGGGGGCGGAUGGUGGCUCGGUUGAAGUGCAUUGUUGGUGGUCGGUGUGGGGGUGGAGUGAGCAGCUGUAG